AUGGCUAUGCAAAUUAGCUUUCUUCAGUCUAACUGGAUGUUUUCUCUCUUAGCUGCAAUGGUCUUGGCCCUUGUGAUAUUGUUGAAACACAAGAAAGAUUAUAUCAAAAACAGGAGGAAGCUCCCACCAGGGAAUGUGGGACUUCCUUGGAUUGGUGAAACAAUUGAGUUCUUCAAAGCUCAGCGUAAGAAUCGAUUAUUUGAGGAUUUUGUUCAACCUCGGAUAACAAAGCAUGGGAAGAUUUUCAAGACAAGGCUUCUAGGUUCUCAAACAGUUAUAGUAAAUGGAGCAGAAGCGAAUCAGUUUUUCUUAUCGAAUGAGUUCAAGUUGGUGAUAAGCUCAUGGCCUUCUUCAUCGGUUCAGCUAAUGGGAAAGGACUGCAUUAUGGCAAAACAAGGAGAGCAACAUCGGUGCCUUCGGGGAAUAAUAGCCACUACCCUUAGCCAUGCUGGGCUGGAGUCUUUAGUUCCCAAAAUGUGCAGCAUAGUUCAGCUACACUUAGAUACGUAUUGGCUUGGCCAAGAUACACUUAGCCUUUAUCGUUCCACAAAAUUACUGACAUUCACCAUAGUUUUUGAGUGUUUGCUAGGGAUCAAAGUAAAGGCGGGUUUGUUGACAACUUUCGAGAGAGUAUUGGAAGGUGUUUUUGCCCCAGCAAUUAACUUUCCUGGGUCAAGAUUCUGGAGAGCAAAGAAAGCAAGGCAGGAGAUAGAAAACAUUUUAGUAAAUGUAGUGGGAGAGAAAAGGAAUGAAAUGGAAAGCAACAGGAAUAAGGAAGGAGUUGGAAAAGAAGAAGGAAUGCUAUUGUCACAAUUGGUGGCUGCAAUGAUUCGAGGCGAUAUUACAGAAGACGAGGUCAUUGAUAAUGUGAUUUUACUUAUCUUUGCAGCACAUGAUACCACUUCUUUUUCAAUUGCCAUGACAUUUAAAAUGCUGGCUCAGUAUCCAAAUUGCUAUUCUCUGCUCCUGCGAGAGCACGUUGAUAUAAUAAGCAAUAAAAGGCCUGGGGAGAUUCUAACCAUGGAGGACAUAAAGAAGAUGAAGUAUACCUGGCAAGUUGCCCGUGAAAGCAUGCGCCUAUUCCCUCCGAUCUUUGGCUCUUUCAGGGAAGCUGUUGCCGACAUUGAAUAUGAAGGAUUCACUAUACCCAGAGGAUGGAAGGUGCUAUGGACAACCUAUGGAACACAUUACAAUCCUGAGUAUUUUGAAGAUCCUCUUACUUUCAACCCGAGUAGGUUUGAGGAAGCCAUCCCACCAUAUGUAUUUCUUCCUUUCGGAGGAGGACCGAGAGUGUGUGCUGGUUACCAACUUGCCAAGCUCAACAUUCUCAUCUUUGUUCAUUAUGUUGUAACUCGUUACGAUUGGUUUUUACUUUAUCCCAAUGAGCCCAUCACCAUGGAUCCCCUCCCCUUUCCUUCCCAGGGAAUGCCUAUCAAAAUUUCUCCUACGAUGUAA